UCGAGCCAGCGGGGGCGGAGCCGAGCGGCGGGGGCGGUGCUGGUGAGCGCGGGGCCUGGGGCCGAGGCGGCGCGCAGCGCUGACAGCUAGUCGGUCGCAGCCUCCGGCCCCCUCUGCACCGGCGCCGACCACGAGCCAUGAGCCCCGGGCUGCUGCUGCUCGGCAGCGCCGUCCUGCUCGCCUUCGGCCUCUGCUGCACCUUCGUGCAUCGCGCUCGCAGCCGCUAUGAGCACAUCCCCGGGCCGCCGCGGCCCAGCUUCCUUCUUGGACAUCUCCCCUACUUUUGGAAAAAGGACGAAGAUUGUGGCCGUGUGCUCCAAGAUGUGUUUCUGGAUUGGGCUAAGAAGUAUGGUCCUGUUGUAAGAGUCAAUGUCUUCUACAAGACCUCAGUCAUUGUCACGAGUCCGGAGUCAGUCAAGAAGUUCCUGAUGUCCACCAAGUACAACAAGGACUCCAAGAUGUACCGCGCGCUUCAGACUGUGUUUGGGGAGAGGUAAGGACCAGAGGAAGGAGGACUCCACUGGGAACAGGACACGUGAUGGCUGCCCUGUGCAUGGUGAUCCCACUCUCGGGAUUGGAAAUCUUUCCCCUCUGGAGGCAGAUGGGGUGGGGGGGGCAUUGUUGAUGCUGGGACAUAGGCUCACCCUGCUUUUAUUAUUUUGAUAUAUAUAAAAAAGGCAGGUUUAGGAUGCACACGAUGUUUUAAAAUGCAUGUCACACUUCCUCUUUAUCCUGCUAAACAGACAGUGUCAUACUCACUGUCUUACCCACACUAUGGUCUGGCUACAUCCACCCCAUGAGUCUGGCUACAUCUGGCAAUAUCACACCACUGAGUCCCAGAGCCUUUCUUCAACCCUGAGGUGACCCUGUGCCCACUGAGCAGUCCCUCCUGCUUCCCACCUUCUCUCUGGCACCCGGUUUCUGUCUCUUGCAGACUGUUUGGCCAGGGCUUGGUGUCUGAAUGUGACUAUGGGCGCUGGUACAAGCAGAGGAAAGUCAUGGACUUGGCCUUCAGCCGCAGCUCCUUGGUCAGCCUGAUGGAGACGUUCAACGAGAAGGCGGAGCAGCUGGUGGAAAUCCUAGAAGCUAAGGCAGAUGGACAGACACCCGUGUCCAUGCAGGACAUGCUGACCUGUGCCACCAUCGACAUCCUGGCCAAGGCAGCUUUUGGGAUGGAGACCAGUAUGUUACUGGGUGCCCAGAAACCGCUGUCCCAGGCAGUGAAGGUCAUGCUGGAGGGCAUCAGUGCAUCCCGUAACACCCUGGCAAAGGUACUGCCUGCCCUUCCCGGGGACCUCGUCGUAUCUGUGCCUCUGCAUGUGCUGAAGCGCCACCUUCAGUGACUUCUUUCAGAGUGGGUUUUGUGUGCCAGUGUGUCCAGAAUGACUUCCGAACCCACAUUUGCAUGCCUUACCUAAGAGCAGAAGGACAUAAUCAGAGAGGCAUAAUGUCACCUCAUUGUCAUAAGAUGGCUGUUGUAGCUCCAGCUAUCACUUGCUUAUUCCAGACAUGAAGACAAAGAAGAAGAAAGGGGAAAGUUCAUGCCAGGGAAGAGAAAGCAGCUUCGGGAGAUCCGCGAGAGCAUCCGUCUGCUGCGCCAGGUGGGGAAGGAUUGGGUGCAGCGCCGCCGCGAAGCCCUGAAGAGGGGCGAGGACAUGCCGGCUGACAUCCUCACGCAGAUCCUCAAAGCUGAAGAGGGAGCUCAGGACGAUGAGGUUCUGCUGGACAACUUUGUCACCUUCUUCAUUGCGGGUCAUGAGACUUCUGCCAACCAUCUGGCAUUCACAGUGAUGGAGUUGUCUCGCCAGCCAGAGAUUGUGGCAAGGCUGCAGGCCGAGGUGGAUGAGGUUGUCGGUUCCAAGAGGCACCUGGACUACGAGGAUCUGGGGAGACUGCAGUAUCUGUCGCAGGUCCUCAAAGAGUCUCUGAGGCUGUACCCGCCAGCGUGGGGCACCUUUCGCCUGCUGGAGGAGGAGACCUUGAUUGAUGGGGUCAGAGUCCCUGGCAAUACUCCUCUCCUGUUCAGCACCUACGUCAUGGGGAGAAUGGACACCUACUUUGAAGACCCAUUGACUUUCAACCCUGACCGCUUCGGCCCUGGAGCGCCCAAGCCACGGUUCACUUACUUUCCCUUUUCCCUGGGCCACCGGUCCUGCAUCGGCCAACAGUUUGCUCAGAUGGAGGUGAAAGUUGUCAUGGCCAAGCUGCUUCAGAGGAUCGAGUUCCGGCUAGUGCCUGGGCAGCGCUUUGGGCUGCAAGAGCAGGCUACGCUCAAGCCAUUGGACCCCGUGCUGUGCACCCUGAGGCCCCGGGGCUGGCAGCCUGCACCCCCACCCCCACCCUGCUGAGCCCUGGGUAAGGUCAGACUCCUUGGACCAGGGCCUCAUUGGCCCCCAUUACUGCCCAUGGCCACCCACCGGCACCCCUGACCCUUCUGCCACCUUCCACGAUGGCUCCUGGCGAGCCCUGUCCCCUCGCCUGCUUCACACCCUCAGUGCUUCCUGUCAUCGCUGGCUUUUCAGCUCUUUCUGGUGGGCCCUGCCUGACUCCCAGCUAUCACCACAACUACCAUCGUCUCUCCCAAACCUCCGAACUUCUGCACUGGCCACACCCUCAAAAGAGACACCCUAACUCUUGCUCACUCCCUAAACUCUUCAAGUGACAUGUCCCCCAGGAAGCCCUGUUUGCUUCUCACAGCCAGGCCAGGGUCUCUCCUCUGUGCUCCUACCUCUAACACACUGACCACACUGUAUUGUGAAUGUUUGCUCAUGUGACCAGCUGCCCUGCCAGGCUGUGAGGGCCACAGGGCAGGGUCUGUGUGCACUUUGCCUCUGAGGCCCCUAUUGCUCACUAGGGUCUGGAACAGAGUCGAUGCCCAAUAAACGUGUGUUGACUGCAUGAA